AUGGACAAGAUUGCUCACGAGGAGGAGGGUUGGGCGGUUGCCGGUUCUGGAGGCACACGAAAAAAUCGCAGGAAGAAGAAGGAUAAGAGUGGCCGACGCGACUUAGAGUCCGUUGAGUCAGUCGUGAGCUCGAGUCCUGAGGAGUCGGCUAAGUCUUCUGGUUCGAGCUCCUCGAACAACGUGAGUAUGGUAUCAGCUGCGCCAUCGGUCGAGUUCAACAUUAGCAGCAGCAGUAGCACUGCACAGAAGUCUCUAUUCAAGUCUACCAAGGAGCUCUUCGCUCCUGAGGAGACAGGGUUACCCAACUUCGCGCCUGAGGAAUGGGAGACCUUGCUGAGGAGUCAAUGCCUCAGGUAUAUCGACGGCGCGUAUUACAUGCGGAAGGGAGGUAGGCAUUCACACACUAAAGAACAGAAGCAGGAGUGGGGCGCGAGGAAACAGCGGGAGCAGCAGUUUCGUAUCGAGAAGAGGAAUAAUCAGCGAGAGGCGCAGCGGUCUGCGGAAGCUCAACAGAAGCUGUUGAGAUCGGAAGCGAGAGAGGCGGUUGAGGCAAAGGAGAAGAAAACGGAGGAACGUUCUCGUCUUGGCCGACGGAGCGAAGCAUGA